AUACCUUGGUGGGAUUAUUUCUGCAGCUAUGUCCACAGUUAACCGCACUUCUUCCAAUAGCUACCAGAACCCAGGAUUUGAGGAAGACACCGAUGAUUCAAAAAUAAAUGGUAUUGCAUUAAGAAACAGGAACUUAGAAAGCAGUAACUCUCUUCAUCCUGAUGAGCAUGAGACAAACAUCAAUAUUGACAGCAAGCCAUAUGGAAGCCAACCUGAAUCAGAAGAAAACAAGAAUCUUGGGUGCAAGGGGAAACUUGCAAGGAAAUAUGAUAUGGUCCUUCAAUUUUGCAGGAAACAUAAAACUAUAAUCCGAUACAUUAUUUAUGGAAUACUAAUUACGGAUAAUUAG